ACACUAAAUCUUCUGUGUUUGACCACAUUUCUGCAAGUUUUCGUGUAAAAAAUGAGUAAAGUGGUUCAAAGAACUGAGAAUGCCUCGACAACAACACUCAAGUCUCUGCCAAAUUUCGAAGUUGAGAAGCUGAGGCACCUACUACUUUUGCCUCCAGAGAUGGGAGUUGACGUCGAAAAAUGCAGGAAAUCAUUUAUGGAGUUCAUAAAAAGGGAUGAAAUGUAUCCCUACUACGACAAGGUCAAGCAUCAAUUCGGGAUCAUUGAAGACAACCCAGAGAUUGAAGCGUUCAAAGAUACAAGUGCCAAGCAGAUCGCCGAAUUUAAUGAAAAGAUUGAGUUCGCUGAAAAGAACUUUGGCUCCUCAGAAAUUAAAGACGCAAUCUUGGACAAGGCAAACUAUUAUUUUAAAAUCGGUGACCAUGACAACUCUAUCAAGGUCUAUGAGUUGGCACUCGAAAAGACUGUUGGUGUUAAUAGCAAACUAGAGAUUAUUUUGGGGAUAAUGAGAGUUGCAUUUUUCUUCAAUGAUGUUCCUUUACUUGUAAAAUAUAUUGAAAAAGCCAAAGAAGAGGUCGAGCGUGGAGGAGAUUGGGAGUUGAGGAAUAGACUACAUAUUUAUGAAGCUGUACAGUUGAUUUUGUGCAGGAAGUUUUUACCAGCAACCGAACUUUUGCUAAAGUCUUUGUCUACCUUUACUGCAACAGAGUUUAUAUCAUUAGAAGAAUUGGUCCUAUAUACCAUUGUUUUAUCUCUGAUAACGAUGGACAGACCAACCAUACGCAAAAAGGUCCUAGAAUCGGCCGAAGUUUCCCAAGUAGCAUCUGGAACAACGCUAUACCAACUCAUUAGCGAUUUUUACAACUGCAAUUACAAAAAUUACAUGUUCAACCUAGUAAAGGUUUCGGAGUUGAUAUUAAAGGAUCGUUAUCUUGCUAGGCACUGCAAAUAUAUAAUAAGACAAGCAAGGCUCCCAGCAUAUAAGCAAUUUUUGCGUCCUUACAAGUCAGUCACAAUAAAGAAUAUGGCCGAAGCAUUUCAAGUUUCCCCAGAGUUUAUAGAAGGGGAGCUUGUAUCAUACAUCAGCGGAAUGCGAUUAGAUUGCAAAAUAGACAAGGUAAACGGAAUCAUUGAAAACAAUGUUACGGAUGAAAGAAAUAACAACUAUGUUGAGACAAUCAAACAAGGAGAUUUGUUGAUUAAUCGUAUACAGAAAUUGUCGAGAAUAAUUGACAUGUAG